CGAAUGGAAAAAUAAAGCGAAAUUCUUAAACAAAGGUUGGUUUUAAUCCUGCAGUUAGUUGUUGUGGCUCCCUGAAAGAAGAGUAGUAAACGUUUCGAAAAAGCAAAGAUCGGCCAGCCCCCAGAUGUGUACAUCAAUUAGCUUAUUAUGGAAAAGUGAAGCUCCUAAAUCAUCAAAAAUCCCAGUAAAAAGAAUUCACGCAACCACAGAAUCACUUGAUUGUUUUAUCCCUCCAGAAAUAGAAGUGUUGCCAUGCCAUGAGGAAGAUACAGAGUCUGAUUCUUCCUUGGAUAUUGAAACGAUGGUGUCACAGCAAAUAAACAUGAUGUUUCCAAAAAUGAUUCCUUGUGGUUACCUAAUGGAGUAUAAAAAGAAACUUAGGGAGAGACUUCGUACAGAGGAACAACUUAGAUUACAACAUGAACAUAAAAAUAAGGUUGAAAACCGAACAUAUUCUAAUCCUGAAGAGAACUUAAAACCUUUGAAACCAAUACUGAAAAAUUUAAAUGCUGCUGUGCAAGAUCUAAAUACAUUCACGAAACGUUUAAACAAAAUGAAGGUUAAGCCAAAGGUCUUAAAAGAAUUUCAGGAAAACCUAAGAAAAAUUAAGAGAGAUGUCAACAAAAUAAGUAUCUAGUGAGCGUUGGGCAGUCAAGUGAAUGAAAUUUUUAUCGCAUGUAAAUCGAUAUUUAUUGUAAAAGUUCUACAUUUAUAGGUUGGUGUUAUAGCUUAAAUCCUAUACAAGGCAAUGCAUUGUUUGUUUUUGUAAUUUUUUAUAUAUUAUAGUUGUAUUGGUUCAAAAUAUAUUUAAAGAUUAAA